UUAUACGUACAGUUGUCAUUAGUCUUUUUGACGCAUGGUAGUGUGGUUGCCUCUAUAUAUUCUCUAACCAGUGUGGAAUAGAAGUGCAUUAGUCAUCUUCGAAUAAGGCGUUUAGUCAUUUAAGGUAUCACUUUGUGUACAUGCCUAUUGACAAGUAUUAUAGCAUGUUUUUUAUUUCUGUAAAUACUAUUUUGAAUAUACACCUGAGUUUUUCAUAUAACAGCUCUUGUAUUAAUGAAUGUAUUCAUUGUUAUUGAAACUUUAAUUGAUAUCAGGUGCACAAGGUUGUAUAUCCAUGUGCUACAAAAACUUACUUCUUAUGGUAUUCAAAACAGGUUUGUGCUCUUUUGUGCAUUGCACUUUUUCAUUUCUUUAAAGCAAUGACGUUCACAAUAACAUUUAACAUUUUGAGAAUCCCAUUAAACAGAAACGCUGGUGUCACGAUGAACCCACAGGAUGAGGAGCCAACUAUGUCGAAUACAGUCGACCCACAUCCAGUGUCUUUAUUGCAUCGUUCAGAAACAAUAUUGAGUGGAGGCAAGCCAAAAUGGGCUUUGGCAAUUGAUCCAAUGGACGGCAAGCAAACAUUUUGCUCAACUGACCCAAGAGAAAAAGAGAGGAAGAUCAGGCAGUGUUUGAUUGUUUUCGCCGCCUUUAUCACCUUUUUUUGUGUCUGUGGCUUUGCCUAUUCAAUUGGUGUAUACUUCGAAGAAUUUCUUCAUGUUUUCCAACAAAGAGCUGGCGACACUGCGUGGGUGGGGUCAUUAAAUUUUGGCAUGCUUUGUUUGUCAGGCCCAGUCAGCAGCAUCGUGUCAGAGCGUUUCAGUUGCCGUGUCGUUGUCAUGGUUGGUGGUCUCACUGCCUGCGCAGGUCUUGUACUCAGCGCUUUUGCUACCAGUAUUUCGUAUCUCUACGUUACACUUGGUAUAUUAACAGGGUUCGGCUUUGGACUCUGCUUCAGCGCCACCGUUUUCGUUGUGAGCCUUGCCUUCGAUCGCCACAGGAGCCUAGCUAUGGGGAUUAGUAUGUCAGGAGUAGGCGCCGGAAUGGUAGUGCAACCAUAUCUGAUCGAGUAUCUGAUUCACCGUUAUGGAUGGAGAGGAUCCAUGCUGAUUCUAGCAGGACUGAUGCUACAGAGCGUCGUUUGUGGUGCCCUCAUGAAACUUCCCACUGCUAAAUAUAUGACAUGCUCGCCAGAAUGUGAAAGGGCUUCAGAAAGAAAACCCAAAAUCAUAGAUUUGGGCAUAUUUGUCAAUUUCAAUUAUGUUGCUCUCACUGCCAAUAUUUUUCUCUUCUGUUUGGGGAUGUCUGUGGUUCUUGUCCAUUUACCACACGUUGCAGACACCUUGUCUUUCUCACACGACCAGAGUGCGCUUCUCAUCUCCAUUAUUGGAAUCACCAACACUAUAGGACGCACGUUAUCGGGUGUGGUAGGCAAUUUACAUUUCGUCAAUGUCACCCUAUUAUACGGACUGUCCUACGUGAUUGCUGGUUUGGCUACAUUAUUUUAUCCAUCUUCCGGUCACUAUGCAGUAAUGGUUAUUUGCUCUGUUAUCUAUGGAUUAUUCACCGCUGCGUUUGGAUCUUUGUUGUCUGAUGUUCUGUUACGGAUUAUAGGAAAGGACAGAUUUACUGCUGGCUACGGGAUGUUGAUGGUAUUUGGAGGCAUAGGGACAACACUGGGGGCCCCUUUGGCAGGAUGGCUAUACGACGGUCUACACGACUACCAGCCAUCUUUUUACCUGGGUGGUGGGGCCCUUACACUCAGUGGACUGAUCAUGUUUAUUCCUUGGAAAUUUGAGAAUUAUCCAACCAACAGUACCAAGAAAAACACAAUAGGCUUCCUUGAGUGUGAAAAGGUGAUCCCUGACAUACUGACAGAGAAGGUCCCUACGGAAGAAAUAUUAGUUGUAUCUAAUAGAAUAUCUUCGGUUUGAAUAUCUAUGGAUGGAAAUGGAAAAAGGGUACCCAUGCCAUACAGGACAAGAACAAGCGUGGUUUAUGAGGCUGUGUUAUAUAAAUUCUGUUAAAGACAUCUGGUUUCACUUUCCUUAAAUUAUGCUAUAAAGGUUACAUACAUGUUUAAUGUGAGAAAAAAUUAAGACGGCAAUUCUGUGAUACUCUGUGAUACUUAAUUGUAAUUCUGCAAUCAUUCAAGUAUGAAAAUGUAUAUUGUCACUUGAUACUAAAAUAUUUAUAAUACAUUUAUAUAUUACA